CCGCAACCAUGGCCGACUCUGUUGAUACCGCUGCUGCGCCCGCGCCCGCUGCGCCAGAAGCUGCCGCCCCUGCUGCCGCCGCCGCGCAGAAUGACGGCGAGGAGAUCCUCAACCUCAAUGGCGCCGACAAGAGCGACCGCCGCGAUGACCGCGACCGCGCUGGAGGCCGCGGCGGGCGGGGUGGCCGUGGACGCGGUCGCGGCGGCCCUCGCGGCGGUCGCGGCGGCUUCAAGAACCGCUCCCGCACCAACGAGUUCGAGGACCUGCCCGAGACCGACGACCCCGUCGAGAUCCGCAACCAGGUCGAGUUCUACUUCUCCACACACAACCUGAUCACCGACGAGCACCUGUUCCGCGAGCUCGACGGCCCCAAGAACCGCCCCGUCGCCAUCAAGCACAUCGCCGAGUUCAAGCGCAUGCGCCGCUUCCAGCCCUACAGCGCCGUCGUCGCCGCCCUGCGCGAGAGCAGCGACCUGGUUGUGGUAGAUGACGGCGCCUACAGCGGCCCCGGCAACGAGGCCGUCAAGCGCAAGGAGCCCAUCGCCGUGCCCGCCAAGGACGAGGACGAGACCAGCCCGCCCACCACCGCCGACCUGUUCUUCCGCCUGCAGCGCGCCUCGUCCAACGACCUCGGCCGCAGCGCCUACGUCAAGGGCUUCGCCGGCGCCGAGGCCGGCCAGAUUGCCCUCGAGCAGUUCUUCCGCCCCUUCGGCGCCGUCAUGGUGCGCAAGCGCCGCGAGGCCGACGGCACCUUCAAGGGCAGCGUCUUCGUCGAGUUCGACUCGGAGGACUCGCAGAAGCAGUUCCUGGCCCUCGACCCGGCGCCGACCUUCAACGACAACGCCCUGUCCUCCAUGGGCAAGCGCGAGUACUCCGAGAUGAAGUGCAAGGAGAAGGGCAUCAAGCCCGAGUGGGAGCGCACCGACUCCGACCGCCGCGACCGCCGCGACAACCGCUCCGACAACCGCGGGCGCGGACGCGGCGGCCGCGGUGGACGUGGUGGCCGUGGUGGACGAGGAGGCCGCGACCGCGACGACCGCAACGGCCGCCGCGGCGACCGCAGCGGCUCCGUCGACGGCAGCGACUGGAAAGACCGCCGCGACCGCUUCCAGAGCGGCAAGCCCGACCAGCCCGAGGCCGAGGCCAAGGCGCCCAAGGAGAUCGAGCGCGACGCGCACGGCGUGCCCGUCGUGCAGGACACCAGCAACAAGCGCAAGGCGGGCGACGACGCGGGCGGCGACGACAAGAAGGCCAAGCUGGAGAUCAAGGAGGACGCGUGA